GGCUAGUCUAGGUCUAUGUCAGACACUCCUGCCAUGUCCUUAGCUUCCCUGUCUCGGAAGUCAGGCGCUGGGUAAAAGCCGUCCCACCUCCGUCAUCGCCUCAUGGGCCCGGACCUGCCGCAGACACCGUCGCUGCUGCCGCCAUCAACGGCUGCUUUGGCUCAGUGCGUCCACUGGCUUCUUGAUUACUUAUCUUUGUGACCUCUGGCAGGAAACCAGUUUCCUCCAAUUGCAGCACAGGACCUCCCUUCUGUUCUAAAGGCUGGCUACCUUGAAAAACGCAGAAAAGAUCACAGCUUUCUGGGAUUUGAAUGGCAGAAACGAUGGUGUGCUCUCAGUAAAACAGUGUUCUAUUAUUAUGGGAGUGAUAAAGACAAACAACAGAAAGGUGAAUUUGCAAUAGAUGGCUACAAUGUCAGAAUGAAUAGCACCCUUAGGAAGGAUGGAAAGAAAGAUUGCUGUUUUGAAAUCUGUGCUCCUGAUAAACGUGUCUAUCAGUUUACAGCAGCUUCUCCUAAAGAUGCGGAAGAAUGGGUGCAACAGCUGAAAUUUGUAUUGCAAGAUAUGGAAUCUGAUAUUAUUCCUGAGGAUGAUGAUGGAAGAGGAGACGUGUAUGAUGAUGUUGAUCAUCCUCUACCAAUCAGCAGCCCACUAGCAAGUACUCAGCCAAUAGAUGAGGAAAUAUAUGAGGAACUUCCAGAAGAAGAAGAGGACAAUGUUUCUGUGAAAAUGGAAGAACAAAGGAAAACAAGUCUGGACAAUGUGCACCACCCCUCAGGAGAUAAGAGCACAGAUUAUGCUAAUUUUUACCAAGGUUUGUGGGACUGUACAGGAGCUCUUUCUGAUGAGUUGUCAUUUAAACGUGGUGAUGUGAUUUACAUUCUCAGCAAGGAAUACAAUAGAUAUGGCUGGUGGGUAGGAGAAAUGAAGGGAGCCAUUGGCUUGGUGCCUAAAGCCUACAUAAUGGAGAUGUAUGAUAUUUGAGAGUCCUGGCAGAAAAAGAAGAGUCUUCUGCUUGUCUGCAAAUGCUUUGGAUUUAGAAGCCCCAUGAAAGCCUGAGUGACAGCUCAUAACCUUUCUUUGUUUUGUCGAAUGUCCCUCAUCUUCGACUAUUACUUUGUACAGUCGUUCAUUAAAAUAGUCCUCUGAUGUGAAAUCAAAUGAGCGUUAUUAAUGUAAAUUAGAUGCAAGCAGUAAAGUUAUACCUGUUGCUGUUUUGCAAAGAAAUAAUUACAAUUUUUAUUUACCCAUUUGAUUGUCUGAAGAACUCAUUAUUAUUUUAUAUGGACCAUACAGUCAUUGCUACUUCUAGUGUGAAUUGUAAUUUCACUUAAUCAUUAGACAUCAGUUAUUUUUUAGAGUGUAGUACAUAAUUCUAUAUAAUUUUAAUUGAAAUUAUCAUGCAAGUUUUUGGUAUGUGCUAAAGAAUGUGUUUAUGUUAAAGCUUUAUGGAUCAUUUACUUUAGUAUUUUUCUCAUAGUAGUAAUGUGAUUCAAGAAAGAAAUUUUAUAAAUUGGCAAAUUUACUUCUUGUUAAAUGUAACCAUAAGAAAGAAAAAAGUGAUAGAACUACCAGUGGCAGUGUGCUGUCCAAGUGCAAACCAGAAGCAUUUUUGUGCAAAGCACUUUACCAAAACAGAUAUUUUGGUUUGCUCAUAGAUUUGUCAAUGCUUUCUUCCACAGUUCUAUUUCAGUUUAAUGAAAUAAAAGAUUCAUAAGAAACCCUCUUCUACCACUAUAUAAUGUAAACAGUUUCAAAAUAUUCUCAAGAGAAGAAGACAUAACCAAGGAAUCUCCUAUCAUUGUUAUGCUAUUAAAGUCCCACUGUAGCAGCAGAACUUCAGAUUGGAAUCUCCCCUGCAUUUCUCAGAACACUGAAAAGAAAAUGAAGGUUCAGAGAGGAAAGGGUAGAAAUCACAGCAGGAACAUGUACCAACAGGUGAAAGGAAGGAGAUAAACAGUGACCUGACAUCUGAGCUAUACUCACUGCUGCUUGAGUGAGAUCUAAAGAAUCUUAUCAUCACUUUUUCGUGUGUAUUUUGCCUACGAAGUCCUAGUAUGGUCUUAAUAUAUGUCAAAAUGUGUUACUGACUUGUUAUUUGGAAUAGACAUACUUUCCUAAUACUAAUCAUUACUUUGCAGGUACUAGCUUUGUUGAACUUUUUAGAUCUUUGCUUUAUCAAAGUAAAGAUUCUAACCAUACAAAUAAACUGAAAACUGUUGACAGACAAUAUUAGAAUGUUUGUUUUCAAUUAUCUUCUAAAUACCAUGAUCAUUCAGUUUCAAAUGUGAGGGCAAAAGCCUAACUUUAGGGAUUUUGAGUAAACUCAAGUUUGUAUAUAUUGACACAUCAAGUUAAGGAUUUUAGAAAUGACAUGUGUAUAGUUGGUACCCUUUUCCUAAUAUGUUGCCACUGAAAUAGAUGGAAAUUGUCUUGGCAAAAGUUAGCCAGAGAAGAACUUAAUGGACUGUUUUUCAAAACUGGGUGACAGAGAAGCAAAAGUAGUCACUUACGUUGCUGCCUGACUUGUAAAUGCAGGUUUUGUGCCUCAAAUUUAAGUAAAGUUUUUAGUCCUGGGCCGGUAGAUGGCAGCAGCUUGUCACUGCAUACAGCAUCACUUGGCACCCCUCCCCCACCCAACUUGCCCAGAAUGUACAAGUGUCUGAGAGAUUUCUGCUUCCUUUACCGCUAAUCCAGGAGAGGGAGUCCUUUGCCAACUGAUGACUAAUACUUAUGAACCAGAUAGUCUGUCUGUGAAUGGUGACAAUACAGAAAUACAGUGCUACUUCUGCCCAGAACUCCUCUGGCCUUUGUUCUUUUUUAACUGGAGUGUAGGUAAAAGAUAUAAGAAAGGAGACAAAAGAUUUUAAAUUGCAGUGACAGAAAAAAUAAUCAUCACUUUCGAUUCAUGACUACUUUAUAUUCAUUUGAUGAAAUCAUUUGUAUACUACCAAGGAGAAAGUUUUCUUUACACCCUUGACAAUAUAUUACAUACUCUUCAAGAUCAUAAUAAUAUCAUUAAUGUGAAUUUAAACAACAUGGCUUGUUAGAAAAUAUGCUAAUUGUUAUGUUCUCAUUAUGUUUGCUUAGAGAUUUUAUUUGUUUUUAUAUGAACAGUUAGAGAGCUAAUUUUUUCAAAGGUGAUUGUAAGUCAUAUUUUAUAUAGCAUUUUGCUUGAUUAUUUGCUCUGUACUGAAUUUGUACUCUAUUGCCAUUAGAUCUUACAAUAAUGUUCCACUCUGCAAAUUUUUAAGGUUCAAAUAAAGUUUAAUUGUUUCCAAA